CCUGGUGUCUGUGGCGUGAUGUUGGCGCCAUUGGCCUGCCUUCUGGGGCAGGCCUGCGCGGUGCUUUUGCUCUUCCUCCUCGGCCUCUCCGGCCCCGGCGCCGCGCCGCUCUGCUCGAGCCUCGCGCUCGGCCUCGGCGCCGCCGAGUGCGCCGCCUCGCACCCCGAGCUGCUCGCGCGCCUCUGGCCGCGCCCGGCGUCACAGCGAGCGCUCCCGUUUGGAGCAGCGAAGCUGCCCGCGCUCGUCCGGUUCGGCGCGGCGGUGGUUGUGCUCGGCGCGGCGCUUCUCAUCACCACCGACCUCCUCCUCUCCCACGACCACGGCCACAGCCACGGCGGUGACCCGAGGCACAGCGCCGCCGGCAGGCCGGCGGCCGGCCCGUCCGCCACCGUCGUGUGGGUCGCCGCGGCGGCGGCGGCGUGUGGCUCCACGCCCAGGGCGGUGCUGGAGGCGAGGGGUGUGUGGGCGGCGGCAUGGGCGGCGGGGGAGGGGCUGCCUGUCUUGUUUCUGCUGCUCGCCGUCAGCCGCGCAGCGGGCGACACGGCCGCCUCUCUCUCGCUGCUCGGCGUGGCGGCGGCGCGGGCGGUGCCGCUGCUUGCGGCAGACGGGCGGCGGCUCAUGCUCGGCUCGGCCGGCGGCGACGGCGAGGCGAAGUACGCCGCGCUGCUGCAGCGCGCCGCCAGCCUGCCAGACGUGACUGCCGUGUACGACGCGGCCUUUUGGCCGCUCGACGAGGAGGGCGCGGAGGUGGGCGUGAUCCGCUGCACGCUGGCGCCGGGCCGCGACGCCGCCGCCGCCGCCGAGGAGGUGCGUGCGGUCUUUGCCGCGGGCGCGGGCGCGUCGCUGAGGCAUUUGACAGUGCACGUGGACGAAGGGUAGAGUCUAGAGAGAG